UUGCGUAUAUAAGUGCGUUGUCAAAUGCGAGUUCCAAAAUGAGAGGAAGCUGAAAAACUGAAAUUAACGUAGAAAACGGUGCGCAAUACGCAAAACCGGAUUGUUUUCGUGUUACGUAGUCGAAGCGACGAGAAAGACUUUACGUGGGGUGUUGACCAAAUUUCCUCAGUAGAAAACGACUUGUUGAAAGGCGGGAACUACUGGUUGGAUGACGUUUCACUAAGAGUGGGAGGAUGACUUUUUACGUGACGUCGGAAGCAACUCGAUGCCUGUUUCAAGGAAAGUUUUCUGAUGCACAAAACCACACAGUGUUCGUGGAGAUUGCAUAAAUUAUAUAUGUGGCUGCUGUAGUUGUUAAACACGAUACUCUUGAGGGACACAAGAUAACUUAAAAGUGGCUGAGCAUCUUCCAAUCCCCAUUACUAUAUUUGAGCAGUGAAUGGCACACGAAGUUUAUCACCUGAAUCAUCCAAAGAAUGUAUUAUCUUGUUGAAUUUGUCAAAAUUAAUUUAAGUGACUUUAUGGUAUGCCAUCUGGAACGACUUUCUAGCAUAUAAAUGGCUAGAUAACAUCAAACAUGGCUCAAUCACCGAGUGGGUUACCGCCUCAAUCCUCCAUGGAUCAGGGAAGCUUUUUGAACGGUACUGAGAGCAACUGGAAUAACAAUAUCUCCUUAUGUGUCUCCAAUGAAAGCGUGACAAAUGUGACACUUCCAUUCUACUAUCCCUUACCGUAUGUCAUUAUUUCGGUAAUCAUGGGUGUCAUAAUCUUUACCGUUGGAUUCCUGGGCAACCUACUGGUGAUCGUCGUCGUUGCACGUACAAAGACAAUGCACAGCACAACUAACUGCUACUUGGUAAGCUUAGCCUUGGCUGACUGUCUGGUUCUUAUAUCGGCGACAUUGCCUCAUACUGUUGGAAUGUUUUGGGCCGCAAAUCACUUUCCUUACGGCACGGUUUGUUGUGCUUUGUUAACUUUCUUGAAUUAUUUGGGAAUAAAUGCGUCUGCCUUGUCCAUUACUGCAUUCACCAUAGAAAGAUACAUAGCCAUAUGUCACCCGAUGAAGGCGCAUGCAAUGUGUACAGUAAGCCGAGCAAAGAAACUGAUCAUUGGCCUAUGGAUAUUUAGUAUCUUCUAUAACUCUCCGUGGUUUGGAUUAACCGAAAUACAGGUCCCUACAGGGGACAGUUCAGUGCUUCAAGUGUGUACCUUCAAACUGGACAGAGGUCGGUAUGCUGCCUACUACUUCGUGGACCUUGUUUUAUUUUAUAUCAUACCGUUGGCCGUGACAGCAGUUCUCUAUUGUUUAAUAGGGAGAAUUUUGUUUCUCAGUACAAAUCGUGGGCUUGCAGCCGAUAGCAUUAAGCGCAAUACAAUGAAAGAAAGGGUGAAUAAAGACAGGACGUCCUUCAAACAGGACAUGACAAGAUCCAGAAUUCAGAUUGUGAAGAUGCUGGUCGUGGUGGUGGUCCUCUUCGCCUUACUAUGGCUGCCCUACCGAGCCCUGGUGGUCUACAAUUCAUUUACCGACGAGGAGUAUCUGAACAUCUGGUUCGCUCUCUUCUGCCGUAUGAUGAUAUUCUUGAAUAGUGCCAUCAAUCCGAUUUUGUACAACGUCAUGUCAGUGAAAUUCCGCACGGCGUUCAGAAGGCUGUUGUGCGAAAGGAGAUACAACCACAAGGAAUCCAGAGCAGUAGAGCAUACUAACAUGAUGACUGAGCACACAGAAAUGUGCACCCUUAAUGCAGUUUAACACAACUGAUCUCUGGUCAAAGGGAAUUGUUUUGUUGAUUUGAAACCAUGUGCUAGACAAUUCGAAAUUGGAAAUUUGCGUGAAAGUGAAAUUGGUUGCUUUUGACCCGUAUUAACGGUUGUAUUGCAAAGAAUUAACCCAUUUAACCCAAUCUUUCAGGUUUCAUUUUGUUUUUCAACUCUGAGAUAUGACAAAGUCAGAGGAAAACAGUAAGUUUUGUUUUAUUUUAGCUGAAGUACCACCUUUUGAUAAUUUCCUCCAUUUCUCUGGAAACUACGUGGCUGUUUCACCUUUACAACUAGUAUGUCACGCACCUGUUUUAGCUUUCGACUGAUAGCCUCUUAAGUAACGUAGGGACCGGUUUCACAGAGAAACUUAUGUCGAAAGUCCUAUUUUAAGACUUUAAAGUUUCUUUUAAUGUACUCUGACCCAGCGUAAAUCAGUAGAGAUUCUUUUGGAGAAUAAUAUUGGUCCGGUUUUGUGAAACGUGACGAAUGGCUUGUUAAAGACCGAUGUCUACUUUAUUCUUGUAGACUUCUGCGCCUAAAUUCUGGAUUGAAAUAGACCAAAAUUGUGGUCCUAAAGUUAAAAUCAACAUUCGGUUUAUUUUGAUGCUUUCUAUUCACUUAUCAUUACUAGCCACAAGGUAUGGAUGGGAGCCAACUAAAAAGAGCUACUAGAAUGUUAGCCUUCCGCCUCUUAGUAUUGGGUUUGUAAUCAAGUACAUCUGCAAAGCAUUUAUGAAUAGAUGCGAAAGUAAACAAACUCUCAGACAAACGUGCCUGUGUACGGAUGUGUAUUCAAGUGCGUUUCCUGUCACGUGUGAGUGCGUGAACAUGUGCUGCAUGAAA